GAGGCCGUUAUGAUCCAUCUUUCUCAAACCAUGGACAAGUCCUCUUUGCCGUCCCUGAGUGAUCUGUGCAUGAGUCUGGUGAGCUCCAGGUUGGAGCUCUUCUGUGAGAUGCGGGAUGAUGGAUCUCUCUCUUUCCGCGAGCCGCUGGUCUUCCCACAGGAGCUGGCAGACCAACUGCUCUGCAAGAUGGCCACCGACGGUGUGUUGAAUGACAGUACGGUGGGAAUCUUCAGGAACUGUCAGCAGUUCCGCUUGCGUCACGCCUGCAUCCGCACCGCCCGAAUCUCCGCCGAGGCCUUCCACCGGGCCCUCUGCCCCCAUCGCCUCGUGGAGCUGGACGCUUCACGGGUCAACGCUGACCUCACCAUAGCCGAUAUCCUCCGUGGACUCUCCUCCAAUAAAAGCCUUCAGGAAAGCCUGCAGCGACUGGUCCUGAACGGCCUGACCAUGUCCUCUCUAGAGGAACCCAGCCGCCGCUGCUUCAGUGCCAUGCAGGGUCUGCGGGCGCUCAGCGUCUCCAACGUUGAUUUCUAUGAUUGGGGAUUGUCGGAUGUGUGUUUACUACCUCGUCUGGAGAGUUUAGACAUAUCCAACACUUCAGUGUCCAACCUGACGCCUCUGCUGGGCUUGAGAAGCAGACUCCGCUACCUCACCAUGCACCAGCUGAAGAGGCUGGAGAUGACCACAGCGCAGCUUCUAGCUGUGCUCAGUCAGCUGGAGGUUUUACAGCAUCUGGAUAUCUCGGAUGAUAAGCAGUUCACGUCCGACGUGGCGCGGCAACUCUUGGAGACUCCUGGCAUUCUGCCUCAGCUGGUGUCUCUGGACGUGUCUGGCCGUAAGCAGGUCACAGAUGCAGCCGUCAAGGCUUUCGUGGAGGCCAGACCUGGCAUGACGUUUGUUGGUCUGCUGGCCACUGAUGCUGGAUUCUCUGACUUCCUGUCUGGAGAGGGAAGCCUGAAGGUGACUGGAGAGGCCAAUGAGACCCAGAUCUGCGAGGCGUUGAGGCGAUACAGCGAGAGAGAGGGCUUUGUCAGAGAGGCUCUUUUUCACCUCUUCAGCCUCACUCACGCCAUCGAGAAACCCAGACCAGACAUCCUGAAGUUGGUGGCGCUGGGCAUGAAGAAUCACCCAACCACGUUAAAUGUGCAGCUGGCAGCCAGUGCUUGUGUGUUCAACCUCACCAAACAGGAGCUGGCCUUCGGUAUCCCAGUGAGACUCUUGGGGAACGUCACACAGCAGCUGCUCGAAGCCAUGAAGACCUUCCCCAACCACCAGCAGCUUCAGAAGAACUGUCUGCUUUCUCUGUGCAGUGAUCGAAUCUUGCAGGAGGUUCCCUUUAACAGGUUUGAAGCUGCCAAGCUGGUCAUGCAGUGGCUGUGUAACCACGAGGAUCAGAACAUGCAGAGGAUGGCAGUGGCAAUCAUCUCUAUCCUCGCUGCUAAGUUGUCCACUGAGCAAACAGCACAGUUAGGAGCCGAACUUUUUAUCGUCAAGCAACUCCUGCAUAUCGUGCGUCAGAAGACGUGCCAGUCGACGGUGGAUGCCACUCUGAAGUUUACACUCAGUGCACUGUGGAACCUCACUGACGAGUCUCCAACCACAUGCAGACACUUCAUCGAGAACCAGGGGCUGGAGCUCUUCAUUAAAGUGCUGGAGUCUUUCCCAUCAGAGUCGUCCAUUCAGCAGAAGGUGCUGGGGUUACUGAACAACAUUGCGGAGGUGAGCGAGCUGCACGGUGAGCUGAUGGUUCAGAGUUUUCUGGAUCACAUCCGCACACUGCUCCACAGUCCAGAGGUGGAGGUCAGUUAUUUCGCAGCAGGGAUCCUUGCCCACCUCACAUCACGAGGAGAGAAGGUCUGGACCCUGGAGCUGACCCUCAGGAACACACUGCUCCAGCAACUGCAUUCAGCCAUUCUGAAGUGGCCCACGCCGGAGUGUGAAAUGGUGGCGUACAGGUCGUUCAACCCUUUCUUUCCUUUACUGGAGUGUUUCCAGACUCCAGGAGUUCAGCUUUGGGCCGCAUGGGCCAUGCAGCACGUCUGCAGCAAAAAUGCGGGCCGCUACUGCAGCAUGUUACUGGAGGAAGGAGGACUGCAGCAGCUCGAGUCCAUCACUUCACAUCCCAAAACACACAGCGACGUGCGCAGACUCACCGAGAGCAUCCUGGACGGUUUACAUCGACACAGAGCACGCACGGGAUACACGGCGACACCCAAAACACAAACCCACAGAGAGAAAAGCAAUCCAUGACAUCGUUCUCUCUAAUCAGUGGUCUCUAUAAAAGACGCCUCAAGAAAAGGAUGCUUUUUGUAUAUGUAUGUGUUCACUCGUGCCCAUCCAUAUGACAAAGACGCUCUGCUGUGGAUGAGUAACUCUGCAUAUGUUUGCACACCACAGAAUCUAUUUAUUUGACGCCUGACGUCUCUGUGAGCAGAAAUGUGUAUUUAGACUGGCAGCGGCUCAGAGAGUUUAUGUUGGGUGUGUGUAUGUAGGUGUAUAUCGUUGUGUGUUUUAAGCACAUGCUCAUCAGAAUGCUUCAUAUGCAUAAUCAGAUUUGGAUGCGGUAGGAAAUUUCAUCCAUAUUGCAGAUUUCCGUCUUGUUGAGUAUAAUAUGCAAUAAUAUAGAGUACAGAUACAUGAAUAUGUUUCAUCAUCAGUUGUUUUGUGACGUUGUGUGUGUGAUUGAGGAAAAAAAUAA